GCACAAGAGUAGGAGGAGGACCCGGCCGGAGCAGAGAGGACGCCUAGAUCACAUCCGGGGCUGGUUUAUUCUAAUAACGAAACGUCCUACCCGGAAAAAAAAAGACAGUCUUCUGUAAUCCGAUCACGCAAACAAAUAGACGAGAGUGUGACAGCCCGGUGCACGCCGGCUUUGUAAAUGUCUGCUGCUCUUAAAAGUUGUUAAAAAAAAAAAAACUUUGUCUACCAUGCUCGCCUUUACCAAACUCGGGUCUCUCCUCUCCGCCUCGUAGCCGUGCGGGGCGCUGGCUGUGGCGCACACUGACUCUCCACAGCGGUGAUAUGUGAUAGCAGCAGCAUGCCAUACGUGGACCGGCUGAACCGUGUGUGUGGCUUCCUGGACAUUGAGGAGAAGGAGAACAGCUGCCGCUUCCAGAGACGAUACUUCAUCCUCGACACGCAGGGAAAUGCUCUGCUUUGGUAUAUGGACAACCCUCAGAACCUGCCCAGUGGAGCCAGCUUUGUUGGCAGCCUGAAACUAACCUACAUCUCUAAGGUGAGUGAAGCCACAGUGAAGCAAAAGCCCAAGACAGAGUUCUGUUUUGUCAUCAAUGCGGUUUCCCGGCGGUACUUCCUCCAAGCCAGCGAUGUGACUGACAUGAGGGACUGGGUGGCUGCUCUCAACAAGGCCAGCAAGAUCACUGUCCCUAAAUCUGGCCCUGCGCAUCCAAGGCCUGAUGUGACCGCAGUGAUCAGUGACACUCAGGGAGGAAAGAGACAGCAGGCCUACAAGACUGAGAUUAUAGGCGGUGUGGUGGUGCACACUCCUAUCCAGCAAAGCAAAAAUGGCACAGUCUUCCCAAGAUGUCCAAAAAUGCCUAAGAAUGAGAGUGAAGAGACAGAAGGGAGAGAGAGGAAGGGCAACAGGCCGGGUGUGCUGAGAUGUGGUUACUGUGUGAAACAGGGAAAUGUGAGAAAAAGCUGGAAAAGGCGGUUUUUCACCCUGGAUGACAACACAGUUAAUUACUACAAGUCUGAGAUGGAUAAGGAGCCUCUUCGAGCUAUUCCACUGAGGGACAUUCAGAAGGUCCAUGAAUGUCUGGUCAAGUCAGGGGAUCUACUGCUGAGAGACAACCUGUUUGAGAUCAUCACCAGCUCCCGAACUUUCUACAUUCAGACAGACUCUCCAGAUGAAAUGCAUGGUUGGAUCAGGGACAUUGAGAUGAAGAUCCAGGAGUUCAGAGGUCCCCCUAAGGGCUUUCCAUUUAAACGUGCAUCUUCUCUCUAUCGAAGUCACAAUGCCUCCUGUGCAUCUCGUGGUCAACAGAGUGAUGAGCGCAGACCUCCGCUGGUCAAGUCCUGCUCUGUGGCACCGGGCUGGCAGCCCUGGACGCCUGUCCCGCCGUGUGAGCCCUCCAUCCUGGAUGCAGAGGAUGAAGACAGCGCUUUCAGCUCCUUACCCACCUUGCCUUCCCUCUCCUCCUCCUCCACCUCUUCAUCCACCUCCUCCUCCUCCAACUCCCUCUCUACCCCAACCGCUUGCCCCAGCGCAAAUCCCGCACCUUCCACCAGCGGACUUGGGAUCCUCAAAGCGUCAGGGGAUGUGGCUAGCGGCCGACGGAGGCACCGCUCUCAGCCUCAGCCUCACACCGGAUGCAGCUUCCCCUUCAGCCUGGAUGACGACAGCAUCCGCACCACAGACGUCUAGUCCACUGAAGUCUGUCCAGACUCCUGCGUGGACUUAAGUGUUGGUACAUGCUUUAAAAUGAAUGUGACUGGUAUUAAUAAUAUUCCCUGAUAAUGAAGUGACACUGUGACCAUCUGCCUCAAUGCCAUGAUAUUAGAUUGGGGCCCCCUGUUGGUCUUGUAGCUGUAUUGCAGACGAAGGAUCACCCAGCUGGAGGGAGACCAAGAGGCAUAGUGUUUGUUGUUCACAGGACUGUGAAAAGGUAUGAUGGAGUGUUUUUAGUGCAACUUCCUCUGAAAACUUGAAAAAUCUUGUUGUUAGUUGUUCUUGCAAACUCACAAAUUAUGGCACAUGCUUUCAGUCCGUUGCACUUGGCUCCCAUUGGAUAUGUAUCACUGUCACUGGGAUUGUGUUUUCACCCCCGCUAGAAGUAUUCACAAAGAAGUGUUUAAAGGCAUUUUAACACAUUAGUAUCCUUAUGUUUUCUUAUAUACAAGCUUAUGUUCACAAAAUACUUAAUAAUAAUUUGGACAAUUUUAUUUUUCCUGUUGAGCCGAGCAGUGUUUUUCCUCUCUGUCUUCCUGAGACACACAUUUUAUGAAAGGCCUCACAUCAGGUUACCUUCAUUAAUAAUUAACAAGCAUUUAUUACCCACCUUUAGUCAGGUGUCUGGGGGAAAGUAUCCUGGAGGUCUCAUUAAAAAAAGGUACCCACACUCACAUGCCUGCAUAGACAGCGAGGAUGGAGUCAGCAGCAGCUUUUAUGUGUUCGCACUAUGUUUUAAAUUUUCUAAUCUUUUUAUACUUGGCUUAAAGAUCAAUCUUCGGUAAACUGUGACUCCUCUCUUAGCUUUUAACGUGGUACCAUAACAACACAGCAGUGUUUUCAAGGUACUUGUUGUAGAAUGUACUUCCAAUAUCUAAGUACAGCUGAUCAGCUGGUUGACAGCUUUGUAAAUGUGAUUUUCUUACUGCAGCAUUACGUGGGAAAAUGUGCCACUACCUUUUGUAAUUUAUUUGAAAUUUCGCACUUUGCUUCUUUCAUUUUUACUUGUUUUUUAAAUUUUUGUCACAGCUUUCACGGCAGAUUAUAUCAGCUUCCUCUGAGAAGAUGUCUCAGAUACUUUGUGUUGUUAUACCAGUAGUCUCAACCCCGCGCAGGUUCACCCCAAGACUUCAUUGAUGUGGUACCAUGUUCCAUGCCUGUUUCCGUUUUCUGAAACUGUGUGCGCUCGUCUGCCUGCGCAUAUUGUUAAUUUUCCUUCUUGUACAUUAAAUGAUGCUUUUUA